CACGUGGUAACGAACGAGAGGGAAAAACAAAACAAGAAAAGAAGAAAAAAAAAGCAAUUGGACCUACAUACAUACCUGCAUACCUCAUACAUACCUACCCGUACUCAGGGCCGUACAAUCUAAGACUUAAGUAUCCAAUCCUAGGUACUGUAUCAAAAACAUGGGUCUCUUCUCACGAAGGUCUAAAACGCCGAAGCCGGUAAACGCCACGGCGACCGCGGCGGACGGUGGACUUGGAACAGGGAAUGACUCGGCAAGCCUCAACUCGGAAGGGUCAAACAUGAGGAGCUCGUCGACGGGCAACUCGCGACUUCAGAUCUAUAACACCAAUCGCAUCUCGUCCAGCAGCGUACCGCAGACGCCUCUGACCCCCAUGACGCCUCACCCCUUGCCCAGAAUCAACCUUCCAAAACCCCCAGACCCGUCUCUCGAUGCCGCGGGUUAUCUCAAGAGUCUGGGCUCCAUCCGCGAGAGGUCCAAGAUCGUGACCGACAAGGCCCUGCGCAACUCCCUUAGCCAUUUCGACGUUGACAUGGCCAAGUUUCCUGAUGUAGUCACGUUCGUAUGCGGAAUCAUCAAGCGAGACUUCGACCCGCCGUUUUCCUCCAUCCCGCCCCACGGCCGAUAUCAGCACUUCUGCGUCGGCGGUCGGGAUCGCGUCGCAAACCUGCUCGCCACCUUUCCCCAGAAUAUCGACAGCACCGAGAAAUGUCGCAGCCUGAUCGACCUGUUCCUCGUGAGCGUCCUGCUCGAUGCCGGCGCCGGUACGACCUGGAGCUUCAAGAGCGCCGAGAACGGUCGCAUAUAUAGAAGAUCGGAGGGAUUAGCUAUCGCGAGCUUGGAGAUGUUUAAGACUGGAUUGUUCUCUGGAAAUCCGAACAACAAAUUCCAGGUGGACAAAGAUGGUCUCCGGAAACUCACCGUCGAACAAUUGGCCAAAGGCAUGCAGUCGCGGCCCGGGUGCGAGGUCGCUGGCAUCGAAGGUAGAGCGCAACUCCUGAUCCGACUGGGUAAUGCGCUGGAGGAGAAGACAGAGUAUUUCGGGGAUGAUGGACGACCAGGCAAUUUGAUCGACUAUCUCCUCGCCCAUCCAACGACACAAGCGACCUCAAACCCUAUCGUAGUCCUCCCCGUACUUUGGAAUGCGCUUAUGUCAGGACUUGCCACGAUCUGGCCUCCGUCGCGAACAGCUAUCGACGGUGUCUCACUCGGGGAUGCGUGGCCCUGCUCCUCGAUGCCGCAACAGACGUCGGCGUCCACCUCGCCCAACUUAUCCCCCUUCCCUAAUGCGCAGGGUGCCGCAGCCUGGGAGUCCAUACUACCUUUCCACAAGCUCACACAAUGGCUCACGUACUCGUUGAUGCAACCGAUGCAAAACCUCCUACGGAUUCAAUUCGCCGGCACGGAGCUACUGACGGGUCUACCGGAGUACAGAAAUGGCGGGCUAUUCAUCGACCUUGGCGUCCUGACGCUCAAGGCUAGCGACAACGAGCGUGGACUGCAACACUAUAACGACCAUUGCCAACGGACGGGAACCAAAGGUGUCGAGGUAGCGCCUAUGUUCGAACCGGGUGAUGAUGUGAUCGUGGAGUGGAGAGGUGUUACCGUGGGCUUCCUCGACAAACUCCUAGUCGAGGUGAACAAGGCCCUUAAGAAGGAACUCAACGGCGGCGAACUCACAUUGGCGCAAUUGCUCGAGGCCGGAAGUUGGAAGGGCGGCCGUGAAAUCGCGGAAGUCAGCCGACCAAAUACGAAGGAACCGCCUAUCCUGAUCGACUCCGACGGGACUGUAUUCUAAACACGAAGGUCAUCGUCACCCCUUAUCGUGUUCUUCUCAUCUGUCAUUUUUACUCACUUCCUCCUUACUCCCUUCCCUUCAUAAUUAGUGUAUUAUGAGAUAUUAAACAAAAAGGUCGCUAGACCUGGUAGACACCGGGAUUCAUACCCCCCCUUAUUCCCUUACCUAUCCAGCACUCGAGGCAAGAGUGCGGUCGUUCUGAAAACCGGUUUAAGAAAACAUACCACCUACAUGGCUAGGGUUUUCCUAAUUACUGUAGAAAAAUAUUAGGUCCGUCGCGUGGGCAAUGCGAGGCGAGGCGAGGCGAGCCGCGGCAUGGCGACGAUGCGCUUGUCGGCGCGACCUCUCGUAAUUCUUGACGAGAUUCGCGUUUGCGUUGUGGGAUGAUCAGAGGAUCGUUCGGCUCUUUCGAUUAGGAUAGUAUCGCCGGAGAACCUAAUUAAUCACCCUAUGAGAUGUCUUGUCUAGACGUGAC